UAGGCAGCCUCCACCUUGCCGGCUCGUCAGACAGGCGAUUGGACCAGAGCUUUCUGCUCAUUCAACAUCAUCCCAUUGAAUUAAUUACAAAUUUACCUUCCAAUCAUGUCAAUGCCUCAUUGAUCUUUCACCGCCUAAGACAACAAAAUCUCCAAGACAAUCAUAUAUAAAAUGAAAAGUAAUGACAAAGGAACAAGUCAUGUGCCAGUGCUUGAAUGUCUCUUGAAUUUCUGAUUCGAAGCGAUGAAAUUCCGUAGAAAAAGUGAUCGUCAAUGAUAAAGCUAAAAAAAGAGCAAAUGCCUAAGUGAAAUGAGUGAACAUUCCUAAGUAUCAAUUACUGUCUGCACUGAACCGAGCAUCAACUCAAUCUACAAAUCUUUGGAUAUCCUCAGAGAUAAAUAUCUCCUUGGUUUUGAAAGUUUACCCGCUCAACUAUUUGGCUACGAAAAUUUCACGGGGCAAUCGGAUCGGUGGCUGAUACCAAAAUAGAAGAUCGAGGAAUCCCUGCCCAGCACACGCUGCCUCCUUAACUCAACAAUUUUACGUGCUGCGGAAAGAAAAACAUCGUAGUCUCCAGUGACGAGUGUGUAAACCAAACAAGUGGCUCAUAUUUCAGUUACUUACCCCAAGAAGGUGAUUAAGUUUCAAAGAUCAAUGAAUCAGAUAUUCUGAUGCUGAGUGUCUCUGAAUAGCGGCUCUUGUGUAACUGGCAUCACAUGAAUGUGUGAGUUGUGCCGUAUAAUUUGGUAUGUCGACGAUGGUAAGUUAAUAAUUAAUGACAAAUCGUGGCUAAAUAAUAAACGCGAAAGUGGUGCGUGUGGCAAAAAAAGAGUGGGACGCCGCAAUGGCGGAGCGUCCCGGUGGCAUAAGUGCAAGGAGGCGCUCGCGUCGUGAUAGUGGCGACAAUCCAGACAUCCACGGGGCAUCAUCCACCUCCAAAGAGCGGAGGACCAAGAAGUCAAGCAAGCCGAUGAAAGAGAGAUGGUUAUUGACCCGAAAAACAUGGCGGUAUAUGGCAGACGCUGGCAGACGAUUGAUACCGGAUGGUGCGCACAAUCGUCCAGAAGAUAUUCCAAAAAUCGAGCAGUACUUUCAGGAGGUAUGCCAGAAGGAGCCCAAGUUUCUUCUCUGGAGGAAAGCCUCUUAUCCGGGUAGUUUAGGAUUCCGAACGCACAGACAUCGUAGACUCCAUAAAGGGGGCAGCUGCCGAACUAAGGCGAGUUCUGCAGACGAGGCUGAUGACUCCAGAAGCUCUGCUCAAAUCUUUACAUUUCAACCAACGUCUGGUGGACGAUUUGACGUUAUUAAGACCAAGAGAGAUUGGUUAUUAUCAAGUGGUAGCACUCCUACGACUCCAGUCGCUCGACGACGGGCCCCUCAAGAAGAUGCUGAAGCAAAAAUUCUUGCAGACAUGUUGCAAAAGUACCUGAAUAUGCAGGGAGAGUCCUCAGCAACCGCUGGUGACUCAGAAUUCAAAGGUAGUAAGCCUGACGGACCGUCAAUCACUGCAGAAAUGCCCUUCGAUUAUCAAAGCCUCAUCAAUAAACUUCAGCAGCACCUUAACAUGAUAAUGUCCGAGGGCAAAAGUGAUCAAUCUCGUGAUAAAUCUCAAGGCCAUCUCAGUUCAAGUGGGUCUCAACCAUCCUCGAUGCUAUCUUAUCGUGGGGAUUAUGUUCACAAAUCACUGAUUGACACUCUGAAUCGUCAUUACGCCAAGUCUCCUAAUCGGGAGCAUGUAAUUUCUGGUAUUCUGACUGACAGAAAGCUUCUCGAAAAAUUAUACUUCGAUUUGAGAUGCACGAGGGGCUUUCGAGGUCCCAGGGCAACUGGAGCUUAUACAUCACCACCUCGCUGGUGGGGAACUCCACGUACUAGAGUGAAUCAAAAAGAUUCGGAUGAUGAUCAGACACCUGGAAGGAGAGAUUUCACUUCGCCUCCUCCAUUGAUAGCUGUGCAAGGGCCUAGUACUGAUCGAGGACCGGUUGAUGCUUGUGCCCAGACGGAUUCCAUCACGAAGGAAAUGCUGGAAGGAUUGAGAGAGAUGUAUGCUGAAAGGGAGAGAGAGGAGGCGAGUUUGUCUCCAAGGGAUAGUGGAAAAAGCUCGAGAAGGCGAAGCAGUGUGGAAAAUGAUGAUGUAUCACCAUCUGUCAGUGAUACUAUCAAGAGGUACUUGAGGAUGGCGAGGAAGAAGUCUUCGGAUACUGAUAAAGUAGAUAGAUUCAAGAGGGUGAAUUAUGACAGAAAUUUAAGGAAUAUUAAAGCGAAAGGGGAAAUAACGAGACCUGGGGAUGAUGAAGACAACAGCAAGGGAUGUCAAACCGAGAAUAAUUGGAUUGCUGGGUACAAGGAGAAUGUCUCUUUGUCCCUGGAUAUUGGGGAAAAUUUCUCAGAUGGGGAUACUACUACUUCGCCUGUCAGCAGAAAUGCUAGCUCAAGAAGUAGUAUGGAUGCAGGUCUCGGUUCGGAGGAACCUAGCACACCUAAACACCAUCAAUCUUUCUUAUCCCAUCUCCUCCAUGGUUCCAAUACACAUAAGGAUAAACCUCACUCUGCACCAGGUUCACCUGCUCUUACUUCUCCCACUUCCGCAGGUGGAGCAGCGAUGCAGAAGAGCAAGUCGUCUAGCAGCGUCGUUCAUCAUGGCAGUCGAUUGGUGGCGAAGAAAAUUUGGAGAUCGAGAAGUAAAAGCACUUCUCGCUCCGUCAAUCAACCCUCUACGUGGACGCCUCAGGGAAAAUGUACGUGGGCAGGUAGCAGUGGGCGUCGAGUGACGCUUCAAGAUAUACCGCUUCGAGCCCUUUCAGAGGUUGAGAGGAAAGUCCUGUGCAGAGUGGCUGUUGCCAAGCUGCAAGCUUUGAAUCUUGGUGUCCACAUCAGACCACCCAGUGAGUCCCUCGGCACUGGAUCCAUUUCUAAUAAGCCAAAGAGACGAGCUUAUUUGCUCAAGCGAAAGGCACUUACGACGGGUUUUUUCGAUAACAAAAACAAGGAAGACAAAGAUAAGGAUUCCACGGGUGGCCUCGUUUUCGGAAUUCCAAUAUCGCAGUGUCUGGAGAAUGACCGGUUGGCAAGGAUCGCGACUGGUGAAGUUGUUGACGUUGGCUCCUUAUCUAGGAGCAGCAGACACGGUAGCCGAGCAAGUUUUACCAGUCUCAUUGAAACGCCCACCACAGCCUCCAAAACUGACGAGGGUGGCUCCUGUGAAUCUCUAUCUUUGAAAGGCAGUGCAUUGACUGGUAGUGAUUCAGGUGUUCUCGAGUUGAGCGACAGCGGAGGGAGUGGUCCUCCAGGAGAAUGGGAUGCCGUGCCCGGAGUUGUUCGCCAAUGUAUUAAACAUCUUGAAGCCACUGGACUGAGGACUUUGGGCAUUUUUCGGGUGUCGCCAUCGAAAAAGAGAGUUAGACAGUUGAGAGAAGAUUUUGAUUGUGGUAGAGAAACAAAAAUCAGUGCUGAUCAGUGUCCACACGACGUAGCAACAUUGCUGAAAGAGUAUUUCAGAGAUCUACCAGAUCCUUUACUCUGCAGGGACUUAUAUCAGGCGUUUGUUCACACGCAGAAAAUCCGGAACAGACGUCUGCAGCAAGAAGCUCUUCAGCAUCUUAUUCAGCUUCUUCCAAUAGCCAACCGUGAAACACUCUUUGCCCUUCUGAAUUUUUUAACCGAAGUUGCCACAAAUAGCGACGAUAUCGAGACGGCGACUGGUGAUUGGGUGCAUGGAAAUAAAAUGGAUAUAACGAAUCUUGCUACGGUUUUUGCUCCAAAUAUACUCCACUGCGUUAAGCCCGGCCAAGCUCGAUCUGAAGUAUCAGCAGAGAGAGCGGAAGAGAGAAUAGACGUGAUAAAUGUUAUGCGUGCAUUAUUGGAAAACGCCUCAUCCCUCUUCACACUACCGGCAGCACUUCUCGAUGAGCUUUAUCUUCACAUGAUGGACUCAAAUCCAGCAGAUCUCGAUCUUGCACUGUCUCGACGUGCUGAGGAGCAAUGUGGCGAAGAUGUUGAUCCUUGCAGUGAAGCUGAGACAUACUCAGUGGAAGAAACUAUAAUCCCUCCCGUACAAACAGCAAAGAAAAUCUGGUCAAGGGAGCAAUGCCUGCACCAAAUGGCAGGAGUCGGUGGUGAAAUUGGACCGAAGCCAAGGCGCUCAAAGAGGCCAGGAUCAAGACGAAAAGAAGAAGGAAGAAGCAACAGCAUAGACAGCGGCUCCAGUGAAGAUCACCUAGAUCCGAGGAGAAAGUCCUCUCCAAUGGUUAUAACUGCUUCUCUCACAAUACCAAUGUCUGGCGCUUUCACUCUCAACCUAGAUGAUCCCGACAUCCCCUAUAUUGAAGAACAACCCAAGCAGCCGUUAGCACCUCCACGAAGACAGAGACAACGUUCGAUAUCUGGAUGUAGUGAAGGCGGUCGUCAUGGAAGUGACAGUGCUGUGGGCUCUUCGGUAACGCUCUCAGGAGAUCAACCACCCAGUUCACCACCCUCUUGGGCAUCAUCUCCUCCGGCGAGUCCCGAUAGUGCAGUUACUACGGUCUCCUAUAUACCAGAUCAACAGGCAGUUCUCCAGAGGGUGUCAUUUACAACGUCCAGUGAAGUUCGACAGAUCACCAGGUCCAUCAGUCAAGAAACUUCGAAAGCAUCAGCUACACCUGCUCACACACCUAGCAUUACAAGCAUUGGCGGCGCUGUUUUAAGGUCUAAAACCGCUGACAUUGAGAGGAUGCUGCACAAUGCGAGACCCGAGAGUGCAGUUUCUAUACAGUCAAAGGGCACAGGCUCCAUCUCAAGCCCAAAUGACAAUAAAAAGUAUACAAAGAGAAGAUACACAGACUCGAGGCAUCAAACACGACAUAUACCAGACGCUGAGAGCCUCGCUGGCAAGUCCUCCUCCGCAAUCACGAUUUCCCAGAGCUCUACCACAAAUACCAUCCAAACUCAACGAACAAGCAGCGGUGGAACUACGACGCCAGUCUGGAAGCGUCGAGAAUUGAUCUCUUCGGCACCCAAAGAACGACAAAUUUUCUGACGGAAUUUGCAUCCACUCAUGCACAUUCAAGUUUAUUCACAUGAUCUCGUCGUCGUGUUUGACGUACUCUGCCAAGUUUCGUUCAAUCGAGCGCAAAGUGUUGAUUAGGAAGUUGAAUAUUUCGUGACAAAAUAUUUCUAUCACCAUUUUAUUCGACUUUCUUGAUUUUUUUUUUACUAUUUGACGUCCCUAUCUCCUCCCGGCGAGGAGACCCGUGUGAUCGUCAUAUCACAGAGGUGGUUAUCAAUUUGUUAAGUUUUUAACAUGUAAAUUCGAAUGAAUAAAUAAUUAAUUUUUCUACAAAUGUCUUUUAUAUUUUUGUCCCUUUUUAGCAUUGGGGAUACAAGCGGGGGAUAUUAAAAAUUGAACAUUUAUUGAAUGUUUCAACUCAAAUGUGAAACUUUUCUACUAA